AUGCCAGAGGACGUAUGUUUCGUUGUAGCACUGAUGCUGGCUGCUGUCCUAGCAGCUGCAGGGCUUCCCUCGGAGAACAUUGUGUACCCCAGAAUACUUCAAUCGAGAGAUCUGAAUGGCGAAAAGACGCUCUACAUUCGACCCGGACUCGUGCUGAGCCUCGAAAAGAGCAGAGUGUUCUCAGACAACUUUAUUUUCUCAGAAGACGACGGCGUAAAUCGACACGACAAACUCAUGAAUGGCAAGGACCUAGAAAACAAUUUUUAUCAAGACAGAAACCGCGCCUCUGUUGUGUUUGUUGAUGAAGAAAAGGGAGCUGUGGAAGUGAGAGGAAUCCUGAACAACAAAUUCUCAAUCGAGCCAGUCGCAUCGAGUCGCAGGUCAGAAGAUGAUCUCGUUGCUCACAGAUUAUUAGAUCUUGAGGACAUCGAUAAUCCACUCGGCGACAAAUCUGUUCAAGAUCUAAGCCUCUCAGCACAGGAUGUCGGCCUGUCCACCCCUGAAGCGACUGGAAGAAACCUCGAGAACUUACCGGAAGAAUUUGUCGUAGAAGUCAGAAUAUUUUCAGACCCUUCCUUUGGCCCAAACAAAACCAUGGAUGAUUUAAUCCAGUAUUUUGGCCUUGUAAUGAGUAAGGUGAACCAGUAUUACAAACAACUGUCCAAGCCUAAAGUGCAGUUCAUCGUCCUGAGCAUUACAAGACUCACGAACUACACGUUCACUCGUCUCAUUCCCGAUCCUGAAGAUGAUCGAUCGCUUAUUGAUCUAUGCGGAACCAUGGGCAGCUUCUCCAAAUACGUGAACGCAACGUUGACGAAGGACACGCAGGAUGCUGUUAUCUAUGUCACGUCGCUCUUGAAUGGCUUUAUUAGUGGAUGCGGAUUUUCUUGCCGCGUGUGCGAGGAGAGCCCCAUCACCACUCAAACGCUGACAUUUGGCCCACCUGGAACAGGGGGGCCCUACGUCAUAGCUCACCAACUGGGUCACCUGCUCGGAAUGUCUCACGAAGGAAGUCCUCCUGAGUAUUACACACCGGGCAAUAAAAAUCUCCGUUGCGAAAAGAAGGACUUCGGAUCUGUUAUGGGCUCCGGCCAACCACCGCACUAUUUCUCGCAUUGCGUUCAAGACCAGGCGAGAGGAUGUCUGAUGACAAAGACGAAGCAAUGCUUUGAACUGACGGGGGGCAAGAAAAUCUUCUGA